ACGCCGUUUAACCCUCCACCGCCUUCCCUCGCCGCGCAUCGCUUGUUCCCUGUUUGAACCCCGGACUCUCGUUGGUCCUCUCUCUGCAGCAAAGCGAAAGCAAGCCAGGGCAGCACCAGCCCCAGCUCGCCCCAGCACACCCCGCAAGAAGAAGCAAGCGCCAGGCAGACACGAUGGGCCUCUUCUCUCGAACCAACAAGAAGCGCACUGAGUCCAUCGCCGAGAGCGCCGGCGACAAGGCUCCCACCGCUGCAGCGGAAAGAAACCGCAACGCUUCCGAUGUCCUCGGCGAAUCGCCCAAGUUUAUCAAUGGCGCCGGUGCUGGAACCGCAUCGUCCUACUCGCGGGCGACCGCAGGCGAGCUCAAGCCCAAGGAUAGCUCCCACCCACUGAAAAAAUUCGGCAGCCAGUCCAGCAAGCAAGGCCGGGGCAGCGCGCACGCCAAGGCAGCCAUCGCCUCCUCCUCCUCCUCCUUCUCUUCCCACUCCUCGGCCGCUGCACAAGUGCAAGCGCAGGGUGACACUACAACCAUGCCCUCGACCCUGACUAUUGCCUCCAUCGCCGUCAAUGCCACGGACAACAAGCCCAGGCCCUCGGAGCUCUUUGCAGGUAAAGGCGUCGACUGGGAGGCCAUCAGCCUGACUGGCAGCCCGAGCGCCAACACGCCCGACAAUAGCGAGCAGCUCCAGAGCUUCCUCAAGGCGCGGCGGACAUGGAUCCCCAGCUUCUCUACCGAGCCGGCGCAGGAGGAACACAGCACGCCAAUGCUGACCUCUUCCAAAGACUUACAGAACAUCUCCUUCGGCGGCGGGCCCCUUAGCAGCGAGACCGCCGGAUCAGUCGCAGGUGCGGCAAGCGGCAGCAACGCUGCUGGCGGCGGUGGCAGCGGCAGCGGCAGCACACCAGGUAGCGGCAUCUCGGACCUGCUCAUGGACCUUGACGACCUCGAGGCGAGUCACCGCAGAAAGCAGAAGCUCCUCAGUGGCUUCUCGCCCACCCUCCUCCCCGGCGCCGUCGUCGGCAGUAGCACAGAUGCCUCUGCCGCUGGUGUCGGUAGUAUCGGCCUCGAUUUCAGCAGUGCCAGCGCUGGUAAGGAACCUAAGCCAUCGGCUUUGCUGCCGAAUGGCACCACGCGUCGUGCGCCCGCUGUCGCCGCGUUAGGAACCACCAGCAGCAGCAGCAGCAGCGCCGCUGUGCGCGAGAACAGCCAGGCAAACGCGAACGGCACGCACCUCAGCGUUACUGCGGCCAAGUCCUCCCCAGGCAAGACUGGCAGCAGCUCCGUUGCCGCGCCUGUGCCUGCCUCCAGCAAGCCUGUCGUAGAGACGAGCAGCAGCGAUGCAAAGGUUGAUGAGAAAAAGAAUCAGAAGACUGAGGGUGCCGAGCUGAAGAGCAACAAGGAGCCUGCUGCCACCGCAGCAGCCGCCGUGGCCGGUGGUGCGGCAGGUGCAUCAGCGGCCAAAGACAAGACGGCCGGCAGCGAUGGAAACGGCGUCGCCGCGGCACAUACGACCAGCAGCGCGCCGAUCCACACGACUGUCAAGACAACAACGCCGCUCCAAGAAGUCAAGAACGCCGUUGCCAGCGCGCCGCUCUCAGGCUCCACACCCGUCGCUGCCGCUGCUACUGGCGCGCCGAGCAAAGCGGGCUCGGUGCGCGCCAUGUCCAUCCGUAAGACCAGCUUUGGGCUGUUUGGUUUUGGGCGCAAGAAGGACAGGCUCACCGAUCCAGACGAGGACGCUGCCAGGGACAGGAGCAUGGAGAAGAAGGGUCGCAAGUCGUCCGUAUCCGCACCCGCUUCAGGCUCGGCGGCGGCUUCGCCAUCGAAGAAGGCUGCUGCUAUGGCUACUUUUUCCGGCCGCAAGGCUGUUCCUACCGCUGAUGCCGAUGCUGAUGAUGCCGCCGAUGCUAAUGCCGCUUCUGCGAAAGCGGACAAGGCGCAGAGCGACCCGAAGGAGACAACGCCCGCUGCUACGUAUGCAGCUACCCAAAAGCAGGACGCGGAGCAGGCGCAAUCGUCGUCGUCGUUGGCUACGCCUGAGCCUGUGAAUGCAACAGCAGCAGAACCGGCAAAUGCAUCGGAGCCACCACUUGAUCAUACGCUCAAAGAAGCUCAGCCGAGCACCGCCGCUGCCUCUCCUGUUCCAAAUGGUGCUGCUGCUGCCGCUGCCGCUGAGUCCGAGGCCGCCAAGCCUGGGAGCCAUCCCGCCGGCGCCGGCGCCAACACUGGUGCUGGUGCUAGCGUCGCGGUUGCUGCGGCUGCCGUCGCUUCUGUACAGGCCCACGAAGCACAAACAAGCGUCGUCGCCCCUGCUGUUGCAAGCGCUGCGCCAACCGCACCACUGGCAGCAGCCCAGCAGACUGCGCCGCAGGAGAAACAAGCGAUCAUAUUGCCCGCCACGGCCCCAGCUGCCGUUACCGCAGUGCCGGUUGCUGCUUCUGCUCCUGCUUCCCCGCAGACGGACGGCGAUGGCACCUGCCGUUCGACGGACUCGGAGGCCGUCGGCUACGAGACGCCGCAAGCCGUCUCGGUCGCCGGCAGCGAGGGACUGGCGGACGCAAGAGGAGUAGCAGAAGUCACUGCAUCAGUGGUGGCGCUCCCUGUCGCCGAGGGCGAUGCUGUCGCUGCACUUGCACACGCACCCAUCGCGCUCGAAGGCGCCCCGCCCGUCGCCGAGCUGCCGCUCGAGGCUGCCAACCCCCAGGAUGCAAGCAUCGUUGCGUUGCACGAGGACUAGAAUAUCCCCGGCUCUCAGCCUGUCGCGACAAGGCAGGUGCACGCCCAAGUCAGGAGCCAGGGGCAGCCACGCGCGGAUGAUGUCCCACUCCAAAUGAGGUGCGUCGCCCACCUCCCCAUCCGACCUCGGAGGAUGCUCGCACGUUUAAUCUGAAGAAGAACCGACACCACACAUCUCACCCCGAAGAGAACAGAAGAAAAGAGAUUAGAGCACGGUCAUUAUGUGUCAACUUAUACCCCACGCACACACAAACCCCUUCCGCGAUCCCCGCCGCGUGCAGAUUGCUUAUGCGUGACCGAUCAGAUUUCGUCCCACCUCAUCGAUCGGCUCACUAUCAUACAACUAUCCCUGUCCAUUCCGAUAUCAUCUUCACGCCAUUCAUCCCAACGCCAUCCCUUCUUCCCCUCUUUUUUCCUUCCUUCUUUCUGGCUGUCAAAUUGUUCGCGGGAGAAAUACAUCUUGUUCUAAUCGGACCAGUCGUC